AAUAUUUUAACCUAAAGUUUGGUAUCUAGUGAAAGCUUUCAUCAAUGUUUGGUCACGUGACAGUCACAAGACCGGCUGACUAACAAACUUGUGAAGAAAGAAAUUACAGAGCUUCACAUUCGAAGUCGAAUAAAACAUAAAUAUGAAGCUGUUGCUAGUUCUGUUAGCUGUCGUCGUGUGUGCCAGUGCUUUAGAAAGGAUCAAGCUCCAUAGAGUACAUACUGUAAGACGUACACUGAAGGAGUUGAACAAUGACGUUGCUGCCCUUCAGAAAAGAUACACACAGUACACUGGCCCAACUCCAGAACCUCUUUCAAACUACCUUGAUGCUCAAUACUAUGGUGAGAUUGGUAUUGGAUCACCUGCCCAGCCAUUCAAGGUUGUCUUUGACACUGGCUCUUCCAACCUCUGGGUACCCUCCAAAAAAUGCAAACUCUCUGAUAUUGCCUGUUUAUUGCACAACAAAUAUGACGCCACCAAGUCCAGCACUUAUGUGGCCAAUGGAACGACAUUUGAGAUCAAGUAUGGAUCUGGAAGCUUGUCAGGUUUCCUCAGCAAGGACACAGUCACCGUUGGUGGUCUAGCAGUAAAAGGCCAAACAUUCGCUGAGGCCACUCAACAGCCUGGUAUCACAUUCGUCGCAGCUAAAUUUGACGGAAUCCUGGGAAUGGGAUAUGACACUAUUUCUGUGGACCGUGUUACUCCUGUCUUUUACAAUAUGGUUGCCCAGAAGCUUGUUCCAGCACCAAUCUUCUCUUUCUACUUGAACAGAGAUCCUUCUGCUUCAGAGGGUGGUGAACUUAUCCUUGGAGGCAGUGAUCCUAAAUUCUACAAAGGAGACUUUGCAUACGAGAAAGUCACCAGGAAAGGGUACUGGCAGUUUGAAAUGGAUGGUAUUAAGACUGCAAGCGGUGCUGCUUUCUGUAGUGGAGGUUGCCAAGCUAUUGCUGACACUGGCACUUCAUUGAUUGCUGGACCUACUGCUGAGGUCACCAAGCUUAACACUGCUAUUGGAGCAACACCUAUAGUUGGUGGAGAGUACAUGAUUGACUGCAACAAAAUCUCAUCUCUGCCCAACAUAGAUUUCACUCUUGGAGGAAAAGUCUUCACACUGACAGGAAAAGACUAUGUUCUUCAAGUGAAGCAGCUUGGCACCACAGUCUGCCUAAGUGGCUUCCUAGGCAUUGACAUUCCUCCCCCUGCCGGACCUUUAUGGAUCUUAGGGGAUGUUUUCAUUGGGCGAUUUUACACGGAGUUUGACAUGGGAAAUAAUCGAGUUGGAUUUGCAAAUGUCGCCACUGACAACACAUUACAUUAUGAACCAUAUGUCAAUACUUUGUAAACUUAGCGCUAAGAUAAUUGACGAUUAGAUGGUUGGGACAUUUCAGUUUUAAUAUAGUAUCAAACUAUUUUGAGCCAUAUUUGAGGGUGUGUAUGUUAACAAUGUAUAGUUUUAUUUCAGUCAUUUGUACACUAAUGUUUUUACAUUGGAAUAUCGUUCAAAACGAGAUAAAUUAAUUUAUUUGAAUUGUAAAAACAGAAAAAGAAUUUGAGUGCAACCUGUUCGGUAUCAACAUAUUUAAUUUUAUUUGAAAUAUAUAGAAAGAUCUGAAUUUGUGAUUCUCAAAGUAAAAUGAAUAGUAAAAUUUGUGUUACUUUAAAACACUUGAGACCAGUAAGAAGUGUUCACAUUGAGAGGUAUUCACUUCAAAUAAUUAUGCAAGAGUCUCUUUAUGUUCAAAAAUGGCAUAUUUCUAUAGGGUUUCACUUUUAAGUGUUCUCAUAUAUUGUACGUAUUUAUAAUUUAAUCUGAAUUGCCAAAGGCACACUCCUUCAACUCUCAUAUACAAUGUGUGGAUUUUUUAAUAGUUUACAUAUAUUAAGCAGGGGCGUAGCCAGCUUUCAGUCAGGGGGGUUGCGAUCGCCAAAACAAUUUCGGUUUUCAGUCAGGGGGUGUGAUUGUGGCAUAAGUAACACAAAAAUGAUUAAGAUUUGUUUUGAAUUUUACAAAAAUUGAUGUAACUUCCUUCAAAAUUGAGCUAGAAGCCUCAAAUAAAAAGCAUUUCAAAGCUCUUUUUCUUCUAUCUAAU